GCGGCGGCGGCGGCGGCGGCGGCGGCGGUUACUAUGGCGGAGUCGGCCGGAGCCUCCUCCUUCUUCCCCCUCGUUGUCCUCCUGCUCGCCGGCAGCGGCGGGUCCGGGCCCCGGGAGAUCCAGGCUCUGCUGUGUGCAUGCACCAGCUGCGGACAGGCCAACUACACAUGUGAAACAGAUGGGGCUUGCAUGGUUUCCAUCUUCAACCUGGAUGGGAUGGAGCACCAUGUGCGCACCUGCAUCCCCAAAGUGGAGCUGGUCCCUGCUGGAAAACCUUUCUAUUGCCUGAGCUCAGAGGAUCUGCGCAACACCCACUGCUGCUAUUCUGACUUCUGCAACAAGAUCGACCUCAGGGUGCCCAGUGGUCACCCCAAGGAGCCUGAGCACCCUUCCAUGUGGGGCCCUGUGGAGCUUGUAGGCAUUAUUGCUGGCCCAGUCUUCCUCCUGUUUCUCAUCAUCAUCAUUGUCUUCCUUGUCAUUAACUAUCAUCAGCGUGUCUAUCACAACCGCCAGAGACUGGACAUGGAAGAUCCCUCCUGUGAGAUGUGUCUUUCCAAAGAUAAGACACUCCAGGAUCUUGUCUACGAUCUCUCUACAUCAGGGUCUGGCUCAGGGCUACCCCUUUUUGUCCAGCGCACGGUGGCCCGAACCAUUGUUUUACAAGAGAUUAUUGGCAAGGGCCGGUUUGGAGAAGUGUGGCGCGGCCGCUGGAGGGGUGGUGACGUGGCUGUGAAAAUUUUCUCUUCUCGUGAAGAACGGUCCUGGUUCCGUGAAGCAGAGAUAUACCAGACAGUGAUGCUGCGCCAUGAAAAUAUCCUUGGAUUUAUUGCUGCUGACAAUAAAGAUAAUGGAACCUGGACACAGCUGUGGCUUGUCUCUGACUAUCAUGAGCAUGGCUCCCUGUUUGAUUAUCUGAACCGCUACACAGUGACCAUUGAGGGUAUGAUUAAGCUGGCCCUGUCUGCAGCCAGUGGUUUAGCACACCUGCAUAUGGAGAUUGUGGGCACUCAAGGAAAACCUGGAAUUGCUCAUCGAGACUUAAAGUCAAAGAACAUCCUGGUGAAGAAAAAUGGCAUGUGUGCCAUUGCAGACCUUGGCCUGGCUGUCCGUCAUGAUGCAGUCACUGACACCAUUGACAUUGCUCCAAAUCAGAGGGUGGGAACCAAACGAUACAUGGCUCCUGAAGUACUUGAUGAAACCAUUAACAUGAAACAUUUCGACUCCUUUAAAUGUGCUGAUAUUUAUGCCCUUGGGCUAGUAUAUUGGGAGAUUGCUCGAAGGUGCAAUUCUGGAGGAGUCCAUGAAGAGUAUCAACUACCAUAUUACGACUUAGUGCCCUCUGACCCUUCCAUUGAGGAAAUGCGAAAGGUCGUUUGUGACCAGAAGCUACGCCCCAACAUCCCCAACUGGUGGCAGAGUUAUGAGGCAUUGCGGGUGAUGGGGAAGAUGAUGCGGGAGUGCUGGUAUGCCAAUGGCGCAGCCCGCCUGACUGCACUGCGCAUCAAGAAGACCCUCUCACAGCUCAGCGUGCAGGAAGAUGUGAAGAUCUAACCUCCUCCCCUUCCAUGCAGCCUGGGCGGCAAGGAUGACACGCAGCUGCCGUGUUGAUCGUACAGUGGAGGCCUACCUCUCGUUUCUGCCCAGCCCACUGUGGUCAGAGCCCUGGCCCGCAACAGGGACAGAGCCCGGGAGACUCGCUCGCUCCCCUGUUGGGUUUGAGACACAGAUAACCUUUUUUAUUUACCUCCUGAUGGCAUGGAGACUCUGAGAGUGAAUCAUGUGGAGAACUCAAUGCCACAACUCGAACUGGUUGCGGUGGAAAAUCCACAAAACCCGGUGCAUCUGGCACAUAGCCAGGAGUAGUGAUAGAAUGGCCUGCAAGGGGCCAGGAGGAGCUGCACUGUGGCCAGUGCUAAGUAGCACUGCAGGUUUUCCUCCAGGGACCAGCCAACAGUACCCCAAGGUAUCCAGGGGAACCGAAGUACAGCCCCUGUCCCAGGCAGCUCUGAGCUGUGUGCUCCCCUCCUCACAUGGACAUCUGGAGGAACUGCCAGUGGAGUCACCUGCCAGCUGUCUGUCUAGCCGCGUGUGCAUGUGCCGAGGUGCGUCCCCAUUGUGCCUGGUCCGUGCCUCGCCUGCCCUUAACGUGUGUGUACGUGUGUGUCUGUAGGUGCGCACUUACCUGCUUGAGCUUUCUGUGCAUGUGCAGGCCGGGGGUGUGGUUGUCCUGCCGUCUGCGUGCUGGUGCCUCUGUGCAUAGUGAGCAACAUCUAGUUUCCCUGGGGCCCUUCCUGGAGGUAUCCCCCAUCCCACCCCUGCCACGGUAGCCCUCUUUCCAGCAUGCUGCUCCACCCAUCCCAUGUCAGCCUCUCCUCUUCCAUUUCAGACUGGAACCAAAGCUGGCCCAGCUGUCCAUGGCAGGAGAGGCUUUUGGUCAAAAUGUGAGGGGGAGAGGGAUGGGCAGAAAGAAUCUUGGCAGAAAUCUUUGGUGUUGUGGUCAGCAUCAGCUGUGGGAAAUGAGCCAGCCCAAGGGCAUCAUCCUCAACAGCAUCAGGAAGGGCCAAGGAGUCGGAAGUGAGUUCUUGGGACUCACAUUGGAAUGUCACAUCUGUCUGUCCCAUCCCAGAUUCUACAAACUGCAGUGUAUAUUUUUGGUGGUGGUGGGUUUGGGGUGGGGAAAGGAAGGGUGGGGUACUAAGUGGGAGGGAGACUGGGGUGGGAGGUCGGCAUCUGCAUGGACCUUUGAGCUGGAUUAUCCAAUCAGGAUGGAGGGAAGAUGAGAGAUUUGCAUCCACUUCAGGGGCCCUGCUAAAGGGAACAGCCUGAGCUGAACAUGUUAUUUAACCUAAGUAUAGUAUUUAAUGAAGUCUAGAAGCACGGUUGUGGGUGGUGAUUUGGUCAGCAUAUCUUAGGUAUAUAAUAACUUUGAAGCCAUAACUUUUAACUGGAGUGGUUUGAUUUAUUUUAUUGUUAUUUUAUUUUAUUGGGAGGGUCUGGAUUUUAACUUUUUUUAAAUGUUAAGUUUUUGUAAAAGGAAACCAUCUCUAUGUGAUGAUUACCUCUCAGUCUAUUUUGUUUUGUUUUGUUUUAAAGAAAUCCCUGAAAAAAACAAAAACAACAAAAAAAAACUUUCAAUCAAACGCACAUAGCUCAAUCACACUGGAAAUGUUUGUCCUUGUACCUGAGCCUGUUCCCACUCAGCAGUGAGAUUUCCUCUUUGCCCUGGGGGCUUGGUGUCUCUUGAAUUUUGUCUCUCCCCUCCCCCCUCUGAGCACCCUUACCUUUUGUGCUUGUGCCGCUCCAGGCAUUGGCUCAGCAAAUGAGAGUCAAGUGCUGGCUGAGUACCCAUGCUGGCUGGGCCUGGAAAUACCUCUGUGUUGGACUAGACAGGCUUAGGUGCUGCUCUUAGAGCACUGAAGAGGGAGCUCAGUCAAGUGAGUGCCUGCUUUGAAACCAGAUGUUUUCGUGCUUGGUUCUGAGAGCUUUUUGAGCCUGGAAUUGUUGUUUUAAAUAAGACCACUGAGGAGAGAGGAUUCCCAUAUCCCCUCUGCAGAGACCACUGGUGGGCAGCAAGACCUGGGCUCUAAAACCCCAGGUGGACCCCCUCCAAAGCACUGCAUUCAUCUUGAGCCCCUUCUGCCUGGGGAGGCAUGUUAUGUGUGCAGCUUCCCUGCCAAAGUUGGGGAGGAGGGACCGAGAGCCCUCCCCUGCCCUUGGUCUCCUGCACUCCUGGCCUUUCUAUUUAUUUUCCCCAUGUGUCACUUCUCUUCUUGCAUCAAAGGAGAUCUUCCUCUAAUCCUUUGGGCCAAUUUACUGGCCACUGAUUAAUUUCCCUUGAAUACCAAUGUGUCAUUAGGGGACCUUCUUUACCCAUCCCUGCUGACCUCCCACUGACCUGCCAGCCCUGCAGCAGAACCUUGGUGUUACAAGUGAUGAUGAACUUAAGACUCCACUGCCCUGGUCACAGCUAGCCUCUGGGAUCCGCCAAUGUGAGUCCACCCGGUGACUUCAAAGUCACUAGCCCACUCCUUGGGGCCCCUGCUGUUCUCCCGUACUAUUAAGGCCCAGUGAGAGUUGGGAAGAGCUGAAGCUGUGGCUCUGGCCCUGUGCGGCGUCCCUGAGGCCAGGGCUAGCGCACCUCUGGAUUCACAGACGGGGUCCAAGCCCGUUCCCACGUCGCCAUCGAGGCCCCGUGCGGCAUUCUCGGUACUUCUGUUUGUUUUUGUACAUUUUAUUAGAAAGGACUGUAAAAUAGCCACUUAGACACUUUACCUCUUCAGUAUGCAAAUGUAAAUACAUUGUAAUAUAGGAAAUCUUUUGUUUUAAUAUAAGAAUGAGCCUGUCCGAUUUCUGCUGUACAUUAUUAAAAGUUUUAUUCACAGAA